AUGUCCAAGACUUUCGUUUUGAUUUCAAUCGCACUUGUUGCGGUCGUCUUCGGCCAUCCAGGUGGCAGAGGCGGAAAAGGUGGUCGUGGUGGCCAUCAUGGACCCGGAGGAUUCCUUCCCCCAUUCCUUCGCAACGUCACCGAAGAAGGAAGACGCGCAUUCUUUGAUAUUGUGAGAAAUGAGAACCUCACAAUCAAUCAAAUCGACACCCAGGUUGAUUCAUGGGCAACCACUUAUGGAGUUGCAGAUCUCUACCAUGAGUUCCAAGCCAACAAGACCGCCUUUGAAGAGGAGAUCAAGAGAAACUUGACUACUGUCAUUAACAACUUGCCAUCUGUUCAAUCAUCGAUUGAAGCAGUUCUCUCGAAUAAGGAUCAAACGUUCAAACAACAAAGAGAAGCUCUCGAACAGAUCAGGGAACAAAACCCGAAGGAGGUUGAUGCAUUGUUCUUCCUUUCGAAGCCAAAUAGACCACAUGGAAAGCCUCCAGGAGGUUUCGGAGGACCAGGAGGUUUCGGAGGUCCAGGAGGAUUUGGUGGACAAGGAGGAUUUGGAGGUCCAGGAGGAUUUGGUGGACAAGGAGGAUUUGGAGGUCCAGGAGGAUUUGGAGGUCCAGGAGGAUUCGGUGGACAAGGAGGAUUUGGAGGUCGAGGUGGAUUCGGUGGACAAGGAGGACAAGGAGGUCGAGGAGGAUUCGGUGGACAAGGAGGAUUUGGAGGUCGAGGUGGAUUCGGUGGACAAGGAGACUUCGGAGGUCAAGGACCACGUGGCGGAAGUCAACAAGAAAACAAUGUCGACUUCUAA